AUGACCUACAAGGAGGGGCGUCUAGCGUCCCCACUUUCGUCUACACCUUAUAUUACAGUACAGUCCUGUAGUCCCCCAACAGAUCCGUGCUCGGAUGCUCCGCCCGGCCGGACCCACUCGCUCCGGACGCGGUCCGGUUCCCCAGCUGCGCUCGGAGCGCUAGGCUCCCGGGGAUCAGGGCGGGUGUGUUGCCGGAGUCGCCUUCUAUUGGCUCCCCUCCGGGGACGGGCCGCGCUUCCCGGCACCCGAUUGGGCGGAACCGCCCACUGCAGGACGCGCUCAUUGGAGGGAGUGGGCUGGGGGCGGGGCAGGGGCGGGGCAGGGGCGGGGCGGGCCCGGGUCCUGACGGAGCGCGCCGGCGGCGGAGCCGAGCGGAGCGGGCGCCCGACCCGGGCUGCGGCCGGCGCGGGCGGCGCGGGCGGCGCGGGCGUCGCAGGCGGCGGAGGGCCGGGCGCCGCGGGGCCUGAGGGGGGCCGUGCCGGCGGGGGGGCGGCCGCUCCCGGGCAGUGCCGGCUCCCCCGGGGCGGCCGCUCCGGGACGGCGUCUGUCAGCGCUCCUCGUCCUCCUUGGCGGGGCCGCGCACCCGGCGCCGCGGCCCGUCAGCUGUCAGGGGGCGGCGGGCUGCGCGGGACACAAAGAGCGCGCGGGCGGCCGGUGCGGGACGACUGCGCCUCCCGGCCGCGCCCGCCCGCCAACCGGUCCCGACCCGACGGCCCCGCGGCCCCGCGCCCGCCCGGGAGCUCGUCGUCCGCGGCCGCGGGGCCGGGAAAAGUUUGCGGCGCGUCCGCGGGGCGGCCCGACCCGCGGGGACUCCGGGGCGCGUCGUCGGCGGGACCGCGGUGGAAAAGACACAUUUUAAAGAGCUGGGAGCUCAUAAACUUUUCAAAAGAAAGAUGCUGGAUAAUUAUGCAUAAGGUGUGUUUUGAGAAUCUCCUAAUCAACAUUUCAAACAUUUGGCCAGAAUAUAUUGAUCACCUACCAUGUGGAAGGCACCCACGGGCCGCUCCAGUAGCCUCAGCAGGGACUGACAGAGAGUCACAGCCUUCAGGGAAGAAGUGUACGCAGUCUUCCCUCCCUUCAAAGAUUUAUCUAGACAGAAAACCGUUUUUGAAAAGUGUCUGGUACUGCCUACAUUACUCUUGAGAUGCAAGAGAUACUAAUUCCUCUGUCUGAAAUGGAUCAAUAUUUUCUAAAUAUUUGUAUUAAAAGUAU